AUGGCGGCGGAGCAUCCCGAACCUCCCAAAGGGGAUCUUCAGCUGCCCCCGCCGCCGCCGCCCCCGCCGCCGCCGCCCCCGCCGCCGACACCGUACGGCGCCUGGGCCGCGCCCGAGCUACAAGCCAAGCUGGCGGAGAUUGGAGCCCCAAUCCAAGGAAGUCGAGAGGAACUGGUAGAGAGACUACAGACUUACACCCGGCAGACGGGCAUCGUACUAAAUCGGCCAGUUCUAAGAGGCGAAGAUGGAGACAAGAGCGCUCCACCUCCCCCGAUGGCAGCCCAGCUCUCUGGAAUCCCCCUGCCUCCUCCACCCAUGGGGCUCCCACCACUGCAGCCGCCGCCGCCACCACCUCCACCGCCACCACCAGGCCUAGGGCUUGGUUUUCCCAUGGGAGUAGGACCACACCCACCGAAUUUGGGGCCCCCACCUCCCAUGCGGGUGGGUGACCCCGUAGCCCUGUCUGAGGAGGAGCAGCGCCUGAAGUUGGCCCAGCAGCAGGCCGCUUUGCUGAUGCAGCAGGAGGAGCGGGCCAAGCAGGAACGGGCCAAACAGGCAGCUGUGUUACUGGAGCAGGAACGGCAGCAGGAGAUGGCCAAGAUGGGUUCCUCUGUUCCUCGGCCACCACAAGACAUGGGUCCCAUUGGAGCCCGGCCCCCAAUGGGUCCUCGAGUUGCAGCUCCUGUAGGUCCCCCACCCCCUGGGGUCCCUAUUGGAGCUCCAGGCCCCCGUCCUCGGGGUCCCCCACCUCCACCCGGAGAAGAAAACAGAGAGACGGAUGACCCCAGUGUGGGUCCCAAGAUCCCACAGGCUUUAGAGAAGAUUCUGCAGCUGAAGGAAAUUCGCCAGGAAGAGCUGAUAUCAGUACAUGAUGAAGAGGACAUGGAGACAGACACAAGGUCAUCCCUGGGGGUCUCUGCUUCUGAGACUGAGGAAGACACGGCGUCUUUCUCUAAAAAGGAGAAAAACCGAAAGAGACGAAACCGCAAGAAGAAGAAGAAGCCCCAGCGUGCGGCCGCAGGGCGUGGUGCUGCCUCUGGGAGCCCUGGGGGCCGUGAGAAAGAGGCUCCUCGCCCCCGUGGCACAGAUUCUCCGGCUGCUGCCGUAGAGAUCGAGUAUGUGACUGAGGAGCCUGAAAUCUAUGAACCCAAUUUUAUCUUUUUUAAGAGGAUUUUCGAAGCUUUCAAGCUAACCGAUGAUGUGAAGAAAGAGAAAGAGAAGGAGCCAGAGAAACUGGACAAGCUGGAGAACUCCACAGCCCCCAAGAAGAAGGGCUUUGAGGAGGAGCGCAAAGACAGUGACGAUGAUAGCAGUGAUGAUGAGCAGGAGAAGAAACCUGAGGCUCCCAAACUCUCUAAGAAGAAGCUACGGAGGAUGAACCGUUUUACUGUGGCUGAGCUGAAGCAGCUGGUGGCACGGCCAGAUGUCGUGGAGAUGCAUGAUGUGACAGCCCAGGACCCCAAGCUAUUGGUGCACCUAAAGGCCACGAGGAACUCUGUGCCAGUGCCACGCCACUGGUGCUUUAAGCGCAAAUACCUGCAGGGCAAGCGAGGCAUUGAGAAGCCACCUUUUGAGUUGCCAGAUUUUAUCAAACGAACAGGAAUUCAGGAGAUGCGAGAGGCUCUCCAGGAGAAGGAAGAACAGAAGACCAUGAAGUCAAAAAUGCGAGAAAAGGUUCGACCCAAGAUGGGGAAGAUUGACAUUGACUACCAGAAACUCCAUGAUGCCUUCUUCAAGUGGCAGACCAAGCCAAAAUUGACGAUUCAUGGGGACCUUUACUAUGAGGGGAAAGAGUUUGAGACUCGACUGAAGGAGAAGAAGCCAGGAGAUUUGUCUGAUGAGUUGAGGAUUUCAUUGGGGAUGCCAGUUGGACCAAAUGCCCACAAAGUGCCUCCCCCAUGGCUAAUUGCAAUGCAGCGAUAUGGACCUCCUCCUUCCUACCCCAACCUGAAGAUCCCUGGACUGAAUUCUCCUAUCCCUGAGAGCUGUUCCUUCGGUUACCAUGCUGGGGGCUGGGGCAAACCUCCUGUGGAUGAGACUGGGAAACCUCUCUAUGGAGAUGUGUUUGGAACCAACGCAGCGGAAUUCCAGACUAAAACAGAGGAAGAAGAGAUUGACCGGACUCCUUGGGGGGAGCUGGAGCCUUCUGAUGAGGAGUCCUCAGAGGAAGAGGAGGAGGAAGAGAGCGAUGAAGAUAAACCGGAUGAAACAGGCUUCAUUACCCCUGCAGAUAGUGGUCUCAUCACCCCUGGAGGCUUCUCUUCAGUGCCAGCUGGGAUGGAGACACCUGAACUGAUUGAACUCAGAAAAAAGAAGAUUGAAGAGGCUAUGGAUGGCAGUGAGACACCCCAGCUGUUUACUGUGCUUCCCGAGAAGAGGACGGCCACCGUUGGUGGAGCCAUGAUGGGUUCCACCCAUAUUUAUGACAUGUCUACGGUGAUGAGCCGGAAGGGCCCAGCCCCUGAGCUACAAGGGGUGGAAGUGGCCUUGGCCCCAGAGGAGUUGGAGCUGGAUCCCAUGGCAAUGACCCAGAAAUAUGAGGAGCAUGUGCGUGAACAGCAGGCCCAGGUGGAGAAGGAGGACUUCAGUGACAUGGUGGCUGAGCAUGCCGCCAAGCAGAAGCAAAAGAAGCGGAAGGCUCAACCCCAGGAUAGCCGAGGGGGGAGUAAGAAAUACAAAGAAUUCAAGUUUUAAACCCGAAGACUGGCCCAUGUCUGUCCUCCUCGGACCCUGCCUUUGGUUCCUCAAGAUUCCAAGGACUCUUCAUUUCCAUGUUCUUAUUUCAGACCCAUUUUGUAAAUAAAAGUUUUUCCCUCCCAGGGAAAGGAUGAAUCUA